AUGCCUAUCUGCUGUCCAGAUCUUACUGGUGAGGUUGCUGGUGUUGGAAGAUUUGAUCCAGCUGCAUGUCUUGGCAAGGAAAGUGGACAUGAAAAUAAGAGCAUAAUGUUUGACAUUCAUGAUAAAAGGUUCAUAGUUUAUUUAAACAUCGAUAUUUGGUAUCAGUUGUUUUUGUGUACUUAUGAUUUUAAUUUUAUUCUGUACACCAAAAUCAAUGGUGUGCUUCUUCAGUGCGAGUUAUCGGGUUCGAUGGCUGCGAGUUUUGAUGUUUGGAAUCGUGUCAAGGGUGGUGUUGUUGUUUGCGUGAUUUGGUGGGAUAUUGUUGAUUAUUAUAAAGAUCGAUUUCCAGUCGCGUUCUACCAAACAGAACAUCUGAUGGGGGAUCAGGUUUUACCUAUUCCUAUCCCUGAUUCUGCAAGUGCACAGAGACCCUUCCAUAAUCUCUGUGGUGCCAUCGAUCCACCUUCGACAUCCCCUUUUCGUUCAUACAAGAGAGAGCGUGAUAGCCAGCUUGUUGAACACCGCCUCGAUUCAAGUCUUGUGGAAUCAAGCCUUGUCUUACCAUCCUCAUCCACUGAUCUAAAGGAGAGAGCGUUAAAGCCAGCCUCUAGAUCCCAUCUUCCCAUCACGAUCCAACAGAUCUAA